AUGCUGAUCUUGCGAAGAAUUCAUCCUUCGCAGAACCCGCUCGCUUUCCUUCGCCGGCUUUCCAGCAAAACUGACAAGGUUUCCUCAGACGGACAACAAACAGAACGAAAAAAUAAACAGACAGCCGAGCUGAUCCAUGACAUAGAAUCCAAAAGCCCCGAAAACAACGGGUCUGCCUUCAAAGAUUACAUCAACGCUGUCAUUGGAAGCGAAAAUUUCAAAGAGCUCAAGGCCGAGUUUGCACGUUUUCACGCCGAGCGAGCCAAACUAGCGAAAGAGUACCACAGCUCCUUCAGCCAGAAGCUCGACCGAACGGCCGGUGAGCUUAGAAAAAGUGCAACUAUAGCCUCCAAACUCAUGAACGACUUGACUGGCUACACGAGGAUCAACAAAUUGAAGGAGAAGAUAGUGCAGAACGAACAGAAGAUGAGAGAUUUGAGAGCUUUGAUCAGUGAAAGCAAGCAGGAGUAUGCGCGUGCUGUUGAAGAGCAGACGUCGGCACAAAAACAGAUCAACGAGCUUCUUGAGCGGAAACACAACUGGAGUUCCCAAGAUCUCGAGAAAUUCACAAACCUCUACAGAAAUGGCCACGAGCUGGAGCGCCGUGUGCAGGCGAACUCCAACAAAGUGGCUGAGUUGGAGGCCAAGGAGAAUGAUUUGCACAAUGAAUUGAUUCAGAGCAUUAUGGAGAGGUAUCACGAGGAGCAGGUGUGGUCCGACAAGAUCCGGCAGUUUUCUACGUGGGGCACCAUUUUCAUCGUGUGUGUAAACUUGUUGCUUAUGCUCUUGGUGCAGCUGUUAUUCGAGCCUUGGAAACGAUAUAGACUAUUGAGCUCUUUCGAAUCGAAAGUCAAAGAGCUCUUUGAGACCCAAGAACAGGAAAAUUGGGCCCAACUAAAAUCAGGAUUACAGAAGAUCGAGCACAGACUUGACAAGUUCGAGCACGUGGAAGGUAUACUACCUGCCGAUCUAUCUUGGAGUAGCAUAAAACAUUGGGCCACCAGGCUGAGACUUAUAUUUUUCAGUGACAAAGUCUACAAGCUGGAUGUGUCGUCGGUGGAACUGUCUGCAUUCUGCGGCGCAAUUAGCUCUAUCUUCCUCAUCCUAGGCAUGGUUGUAUCUAGACUGCUCUUAUAA